GGGGCUGGCGAGCGGGGCGGGGCCUCGCCGGCACCGUCAAGUAGCCAGGGGGACCGGCCGGCGCGGCUGGGAGCGGGUGGGCGGCCGAGAGGCCGGAGCCGCGCGGCCGCAGGACCUGGAGCUCCGGCUGCGUCUGCCAGCAGUGCUACCCGCCAUGCGCCUGCCUCGCCGGGCCGCGCUGGGGCUCUUGUCGCUUCUGCUGCUGCUGCUGCCCGCGCCGGAGGCCGCCAAGAAGCCGACGCCCUGCCAGCGGUGCCGGGGGCUGGUGGACAAGUUUAACCAGGGGUUGGUGGACACCGCAAAGAAGAACUUUGGCGGCGGGAACACGGCUUGGGAGGAAAAGACGCUGUCCAAGUAUGAGUCCAGCGAGAUUCGCCUGCUGGAGAUUCUGGAGGGGCUGUGCGAGAGCAGCGACUUCGAAUGCAACCAGAUGCUGGAGGCACAGGAGGAACACCUGGAGGCCUGGUGGCUGCAGCUGAAGAACGAGUAUCCUGACUUAUUCGAGUGGUUUUGUGUGAAGACGCUGAAACUGUGCUGCUCUCCAGGAACCUACGGUCCUGACUGUCUCGCGUGCCAGGGUGGGUCCCAGAGGCCCUGCAGCGGGAAUGGCCACUGCAGCGGAGACGGCAGCAGACAGGGUGACGGGUCCUGCCGGUGCCACGUGGGGUACCAGGGCCCACUGUGCACUGACUGCAUGGACGGCUACUUCAGCUCGCUCCGGAACGAGACCCACAGCGUCUGCACAGUCAGGACCGGCCUCUCUGGUUCUUACACCCCUUGCCAUCUGUCUCUUGGAUGUUGGCAUGGCAUGGGGCACGUGUGGAUCCGGAACACGCACACCCAGCCAGGCUACAGCUCCAGAGUACGGAUAGCUGCCUUCUCUCCAGCCUGCGACGAGUCCUGCAAGACGUGCUCGGGCCCGACCAACAGAGACUGCGGCGAGUGCGAAGUGGGCUGGGUGCUGGACGAGGGCGCCUGCGUGGACGUGGACGAGUGUGCGGCCGAGACGCCCCCCUGCAGCGCUGCACAGUUCUGUAAGAAUGCCAACGGCUCCUACACGUGCGAAGAGUGUGACUCCAGCUGUGUGGGCUGCACAGGGGAAGGCCCAGAAAACUGUAAAGAGUGUAUCCCCGGCUACGCAAGGGAGCAUGGACAGUGUGCAGAUGUAGAUGAGUGCUCACUAGCAGAAAAAGCCUGUGUGAGGAAAAACGAAAACUGCUACAAUACUCCAGGGAGCUACGUCUGCGUGUGUCCUGACGGCUUCGAAGAAACUGAAGAUGCCUGUGUGCCGCCGGCAGAGGCUGAAGCCACAGAAGAAGAAAGCCCGACACAGCUGCCCGCCCACGAAGACCUGUAACGUGCUAGACUUGCCCUUUAAAUUAUUCAGAAGGACGUCCUGUGGAAAAUGUGGCCCCGAGGAUGUGUCCCCUGCAGUGGACAGCGGGAGGGAGAAGCUGCCUGGUCUCUAAUGGUUGAUUCUCAUUUGGCCCUUAAACAGCUGCAUUUCUUGGUGGUUCUUAAACAGACUUGUAUAUUUUGAUACAGUUCUUUGUAAUAAAAUUGACCAUUGAAGGUAAUCAGGA